AUGAAAGCCUGCUGGUCUCACCCUGUGCCUUUUAUUCAAGCUUAUUGCAAUGACUGCAUCUUUGCUGACGAAGAAUUACAGCUGGACUCUUUUAAGGACUGGCCCUGGGAAUCAGCUGUGGGAGUUUCAGCGCUGGCCAAGACAGGCCUUUUCUACACAGGUAUAAAGGACAUCGUCCAGCGCUUUUCCCAUGGAGUGUGCUUAGGGAAGUGUCAGGAGGAUGAUAACUCACUAGAUGAUCACACCGGAUAUUUUCCGAGUUGUUCAAUUCUCCAAAAUAUGAAGUCCGCUGUAGAAGUGAUUCCAGAACUUCAGAGCCAUGAUGAACUUUUUUUCUUCUCUCCAGUGAUGGCACAGGAUGAAGCCCAAUGGUUUCAAGAGGCAAAUAAUCUGAGUGAGCAGCUGAGAGCAGCUUAUACCAGCGCCAGUUUCUGCCACAUGUUUUUGCUUGAUAUCUCUUCCAGUCUGGCCACGGACCACUUACUGGGCUGUGAUCUGUCCAUUGCUUCAAAACACAUCAGCAAAUCUGUACAAGAGCCCCGAGUGCUGCCGGAGGUCUUUGCCAACUUGAAUUCUCUUAUGUGUGUGGAGGGUGAAGCUGGGAGCGGAAAGAUGGUCCUCCUGAAGAAAACAGCUUUCCUGUGGGCAUUCGAAUGCUGUCCAUUAAACAGGUUCUAGCUCGUUUUCUACCUCUCCCUUAGUUCCACCAGACCAGACUAGGGGCUGGCCAGUUCUAUUGUCUGUGACCAACUCCUAGAGAAAGAAGGUGUUACUGAAAUGCACAUGACGAACAUCCUCCAGCAGUUAAAGAAUCAGGUCUUAUUCCUUUUAGAUGACUACUAAGAAAUAUGUUCAACCCCCCAAGUCAUAGAAAAACUGAUUCAAAAAAACCACUUGUUGGCCAGGCGCGACUUAUUGAUUACUGUCCAUAUAGACAGGGCCAGGGAUAUCUGUCAAUACCUAGAGACAAUUGUAGAGAUCAAAGAGUUUCCCUUUUAUAAUACUAUCUAUAUAUUACAGAAACUCUUUUCACAUAAGACUUGUCUGCAAAAGUUUAUGGUUCACUUUGGAGUGAAUGAAGCUUUGCAGGGGAUUCAGAAAACUCCCCUCUUUGUGGUGGCAAUCUGUGCUCAUUGGUUUCAGUAUCCUUUUGACCCAUCCUUUGAUGAUAUGGCUGUUUUCAAGUCCUAUAUGGAAUGCCUUUUCUUAAGGAACAAAGUGACAGCUGAACUUCUCAAAGCAACUGUGUCCUCCUGUGAUGAGCUGGCCUUGACAGGAUUUUUUUCAUGUUGCUUUGAGUUUAUUGAUGACGAUUUGCAGAAGCAAGUUGAUGAGAUCUAACCAUGAGAUCUCAUGGGCAAAUUUACAGCCCAGAGACUAAGACCAUUCUAUUGGUUUUUAAAUUCUGCAUUCCAAGAAUUUCUUGCAGGGAUGAGACUAAUUGAACUCCUGGAUUCAGACAGGUAGGAACAUCAAGAUUUAGGACUAUAUUAUUUGAAACAAAUCAACUCAUUCAUGAUGACUGUAAGCGCCUACAACAAUUUUUUGAACUGUAUCUCCAACCUCCCUUCAACAAAAGCUGGACCCAAAAUGUCUCAUUUGCUCCAUUUGGUGGAUAAAGAGUCAUUAGAGAAUACAUCUGAAAAUGAUGACUACCUAAAGCACCAGCUGGAAAUUUCACUGAAGAUGCUUAGGGGAUUGUGGCAAAUUUGUCCACAAGCUUACUUUUCUUCAGAAUGUUUACUGGCUCUUGCCCUAAAAAUCGCUUCUGAAGGCACUGUUGCUGCAGGUUCUCCAUUUGUUUUGCAAUUCCUUCAAGGGAGAACACUGACUUUGGAUGUACUUAAGUUACAGUACUUUUUCGACCACCCAGAAAGCCUGUCAUUGUUGAGGGGCAUCCAGGUCUCGAUAAAGAAGAGGUCACCCAAAACAGAUUUUUCAGUCCUGGAAACAUGUUUGGACAAAUCACAGGCACCAACUAUAGAUCGGGACUAUGCUUCUGCAUUUGAACCUAUGAAUGAAUGGGAGCAAAAUGUAGCUGAAAAAGAGGCUAGCAUAAAGAGUUGUCUGAAUAUCCAGCGCAGGGCACCACCAGACAUCAGUACUGGCUAUUGGAAACUAUCUCCAAAGCAGUACAAGAUUCCCUGUCUGGAAGUCCAUGUGAAUGAUACCGAUGCUGCAGACCAGGAGAUGCUCGGGGUUCUAAUGACAGUUUUCUCAGCUUCAGAGUGCCUUGUACUCCAUUUAAACCACAGCAGAGUCUUUAUUGAAAGCAUCCGCCCAGCUCUUGAGUUGUCUAAGGCCUCUAUCACCAAGCACCCUGUAAACAAAUUGCAACUUGGCACAGCUGAACAGGAACCGCUUCUCAUCCUGCCUUCCCUGGAAUCUCUUGAAGUCUCAGGGACAAUCCAGUCAACAGACCAAGUCUUUCCUAAUGUGGGUAAGUUCCUGUGCCUGAAAGCUGUGAAUCUGGAAGGCAAAAUAAAUAUUUUUUCAGUCAUUCCUGAAGAAUUUCCAGACUUCCACCAUAUGGAGAAAUUAUUGAUCCAAAUUUCAGCUGAGUAUGAUCCUUCCAAACUAGUAAAAUUGAAUCAAAAUUCUCCAAACCUUCAUGUUUUCCAUUUGAAAUGUAACUUCUUUUUGGAAUCUGAGUCUCUCAUGACUUUACUUGCUUCCUGUAAGAAACUCAGAGAAAUUUUUUCUGAUUCUUUUUUUUUUUUAAAGCCGUCCCAUUUGGGAAGAGUUAUAAUAUUACAAUUGUGGUUUAAGAUGUUUCUAUGGGCACAGAUUGCCAUUUUACCAAGUUUUAUUUCACUGAAGAUAUUAAAUCUUGAAACCCAGCAAUUUCCUGAGGAGGAAACAUCUGAAAAAGUUGCCUACGCUUUAGGUUCUUUUAAUAAUCUGGAAGAAUUGAUCCUACCUCCUGGGGAUAAACUACCUCCACUGGCCAAACUGAUCAUCCAGCAGUGUCAGCAGCUUCACUGUCUCUGAGUCCUCUCAUUUUUCCAGUCUUUGAACAAUGACAGCGUGGUGGAAAUUGCCACGGCAGCAAUCAAUGGAGGGUUCCAGAAACUUGAGAACUUAAAUCUUUCAAUCAGUCACAAGAUUACAGAGGAGAUCAGAAAUUUCUUUCAAGCACUGAACAAGCCAAACUUGCAGGAGUUGAAUAUCUCCAGGCAUUUCACAAACUGUAUCAAAGCUCAGGCCUCAACGGUCAAGCCUUUGAGUCAAUGUGUGUUACAACUGCCGUGCCUCAUCAGACUGAACAUGUUAAACUGGCUCUUGGAUGCAGAUGAUAUCGCAUUGCUUAAUGUCAUGAAAGAAAGACAUCCUUAAUCUAAGUACUUAACUAUUCUUCAAAAAUGGAUACUGCCAUUCUCUCCAAUCAUUCAGGAAAAAAAAAAGAUUCAGCUAAAAAUUGCUGAUCAAUUAUUUCAUCCUUGUGGCACACUGAGGAUGAAAAAAAUUUGUCAAGCUUACCACUUCAUGGAAGCAGUGAAGGCUAUGGCUUAUGCCCAAGGCAUGAAGUAA